ACACGACUGAUUCAACCCCAGGACUUCUUUAUGGACCAGGAGAUCCCUUUAGCCCCUUAUUGGAGACCAGGAGACAUUGUCAUUGACUCUAAACCAAGCCAUGGAGGAGCCCGGGAUCCGGAGCCAGAAGCUGGACAACCAGCGGUCGGUCCUGAUUAAGAAGCAGCAGAAGAAGCGGGCCGACACCCAGAUGGUGAAGGCCAAUAGCGACACUCGACCCAAGAACCGCAAACACAAGCCCCGCCCCUCGGAUGACACAGCACUGCUGAUCAGCCAAUCACAGAGCAACACUUCACUGAGUGAAGACUUCCAGGUGGAGCACGCCCACGACAACCCGCUGGAGGAGAUCCGCCUGGGGUCCCGUGGCGUCACCACCACCAUGACCGCCGACGAGGGGCCCCCCUGCGCCCCCGGGACCUGGACCCUGGAGGGGGCCCGGGAGGCGGGGCCUCAGCAGGAGGGGGAGGAGGACGGAGGGCGGGGGGAGGAGAUGAACACCAAGAAGAAAGCCGGGAAGAAAGCCAAAGGGUUGCAGCCAAGCGAGAUAGAAGAGAGAGAGAAGAACAAGAGGAAGGAGAAGAAGAGCAAGAAGAAGGAGACGGAGGGCCGAGGAGCGACCUUUGACCCCGAGCAGGAAGGCAAAGAGCCCACGAGGGGAGAAGAGAAAGAACUCUUGGAGCCCCUAGACACCGCGACGGAUUCUGUGGUGGGAUUUGCGACGGCCGCAGACGACAAAACGAGUGACAGUGAAGAGAAGAGCUGCCCACCCGCCCCUCGGAAGAAACAGCAGCUCUCCACAUCCAGGUGCCAAAUAAGCGACGACAAGAGUGAUGACCAAGCAGAGGUUCCUGAGGGAGAAAGAACUCUGAAGAAGAAGAAAAAAGAAGAAAAGAAGAAAAGUCUGGCCUUGCUGAACUCCAAUCCCAGGGGGGGGUCAUCGGCGUCCGGCUCCGUGGAGAGGUGCACCUCCCCCGUCUCCCAGGAGGACCUGCUGGGGUUCGCCCUGAACCCGGCCCCCAGGGAGCAGACACUGCAGUGCCGGAUAACCAGGGACCGGAGGGGCGUGGAGAAGGGCAUGUACCCCACCUACUACCUGCACCUGGAGAAGGAGGACGGCAAGCGGGUGUUUCUGAUGGCUGGCAGGAAGAGGAAGAAAUGCAAGACAUCCAACUACCUCAUCUCCAUCGACCCCACGGACCUGUCUAGAGAGACUCACAGCUACAUCGGAAAACUCAGGUCCAACAUUCUGGGCACAAGGUUCAGCGUCUACGACGGAGGGGAGAACCCGGAGAAGAAGCCCUUCGUCAAGGAGUGUGAAUCGGUUCGGCAAGAGCUAGCAGCCGUUUGCUAUGAGAAGAACGUUCUCGGCUUAAAGGGUCCCAGGAAAAUGACGGUCAUCAUUCCUGGCAUGCUGGCAAACGACGAGCGAGCGUGCAUCCGCCCAAAGACCGACACCGAGACGCUACUGGUUCGCCAUGACAACGGGAACACAGACAACCUGGUGACGCUGGUCAAUAAAUCCCCCAGCUGGAACGAGCAGAGCCAGUCCUACGUGCUCAACUUCCACGGCCGCGUCACCCAGGCCUCCGUCAAGAACUUCCAGAUCGUCCAUCCAGAUAACGAGGACUACAUCGUGAUGCAGUUUGGCCGGGUGGCGGAGGACGUGUUCUCCAUGGACUACAGCUUCCCGCUGUGUGCCCUCCAGGCCUUUGCCAUCACACUCUCCUCCUUCGAUGGCAAACUGGCCUGUGAGUAGGAGUAGGAAAGGGGCUUUUCACCUGGUCUCCACCCGUCUCCACCUGGUCUCCACCCGUCUCCACCUGGUCUCCACCUGGUCUCCACCUGGUCUCCACCCGGUCUCCACCCGUCUCCAGCUGGUCUCCAGCUGGUCUCCACCUGGUCUCCACCUGGUCACCACCCGUCUCCACCUGGUCUCCACCCGUCUCCACCUGGUCUCCACCCUGUCUCCAACCGUCUCCACCCGUCUCCACCUGGUCUCCACCCGUCUCCAGCUGGUCUCCAGCUGGUCUCCACCUGGUCUCCACCUGGUCACCACCCGUCUCCACCUGGUCUCCACCCGUCUCCACCUGGUCUCCACCCUGUCUCCAACCGUCUCCACCUGGUCUCCACCUGGUCUCCAGCUGGUCUCCACCCGUAUCCACCUGGUCUCCACCCGUCUCCACCUGGUCUCCAGCUGGUCUCCACCUGGUCUCCAACCGUCUCCACCUGGUCUCCACCCGUCUCCACCUGGUCUCCACCUGGUCUCCACCCUGUCUCCACCUGGUCUCCACCUGGUCUCCACCUGGUCUCCACCCGUCUCCACCUGGUCUCCACCUGGUCUCCACCCUGUCUCCACCCGUCUCCACCUGGUCUCCACCUGGUCUCCACCUGGUCUCCAGCUGGUCUCCACCCGUCUCCACCUGGUCUCCACCUGGUCUCCACCUGGUCUUCAGCUGGCGCCUCAUCGUUUGGUGGGACUCAUGGGUCAGGGUCCAGGUCUUAAAGAGGACCAGGACUCAUGGGUCAGGGUCCAGGUCUUAAAGAGGACCAGGACUCAUGGGUUAGGGUCCAGGUCUUAAAGAGGACCAGGACUCAUGGGUUAGGGUCCAGGUCUUAAAGAGGA